AUGGGUUCCCGCGGCCGCAUCGACCCCGCGGAAGAGGCGCGCCACCGGCAGGUGAUGGGCGGCCUCGGCGUGUACGACGCCGACUGGGCGCUGGCCAAGGCGCUGGAGCAAUCCGACGUCCAGCCGGGGCAGAACAGGCUGCUCCUCACCAAGGAGCAGGUGCGGGACGGCCCCAUCCCCAAGCUCUUCCCGGAGCUGGAGGAGCUCCGCGGCGACGGCCUGAACGCCGAGCACCGGGUCGCGGUCAAGGUCCUCGACGCCGACGGCCGCGAGAAGGACGCGCAACUCCGCUACCUCAACUCCAACAAGGCGUACCGGGUCAUGGGGUCCGACUGGAGGCGGCUCGUGCAGGAGAGCGGCAUGUGCAAGGGAGACCGCCUCGAUCUGUACGCCUGCAGGCGCGGCGACGGCGACCGCUGCCUCUUCGUGUUCAGGAACCAGGGCGGUGGCGCCGGCGAUAUGUCCCGGAGCAAUGGUGGAGACGGCCGGGUUCUGCGGCGGGUCACGUCGUCAAUGGCGGCCAUGCUGAUAGAGUGAUGGUUAGACAACAAAAUCCACCCUUUGUCAAACAAAUUUUAGAGGGAUAGGCACGCUUUACUGCACCUGAUGAUUACUGUGAUGAUUUAUCAGUUUUGAUGGUUUAUGUAUGACACGCUUCAGUUAUACAACCAGUUACUACAGAUCACGAUCAUACUAGUAUUUCAAUUAUUAAAACGACACCAUGUCCUUUCAAUGUA